AUACAGUUGGGUGCGCGCGCGCUGCCGCGCUUGUUCGCCGUUCGUGAUCAUGAUUCGUGACUCGUGAGUCGAUCUACAGACGCAAUAUAUAGUGAUCGUGUUUGAAGCGUCGCGGCGACCCUUGCGUCUUUAAUAAGUAAAAAGUAAAUAUCAGAAUGCCUUACAAGUAUUAAUGAGGUAAAGUUUUCAUAAAAUUAACUGGAUUAAUAUUUAUGCACAAACGUAUGCCAAUGGAAAGAUGUGACGUGCCAGUGAAAGUCGGAUUUUGUGUUUCAAUUAAGAGAUGAGGACCUGUACGGGACCAUAGCAAUAGCAGAUCUACAUGGUUUUCAGCAUUAAGGUAAUGCGAGGAGAGGUAGCAAAGUGGUGUUUGGUGAUCGCUACCCUGGCGCUCGGGCCCGCAGCGGGUGAGGGCGCGUGUGAGCGGGGGCGCACUUGGUGGCACCGCCAGCGAGGCGCCUGCGUGCCCUGCACUCGCUGCGAUCCGCACCGCUUCGUGGUCAAGUUCCCCUGCGAACUGCACCGCGACACUAUCUGCCAGCCUCUCCGAGAGGUCCGCAUCUGGCCCUUCAACACUGAAAGAGACAAUGAUACCAGUGAACCGGCCAGUGAUUACGAGUAUUACGAGUACUCGGAUUAUAGUGGUGAAGUGAAAGAUGAACUCGAAUGGGAUGUACAGACCUCGACACUGACUGUUGCUGUGAGUGGGUGUGUAGUGUUCUUUGUGGUAGUGCUAACGUUGACGCUAUACCACGCGAAGCAAUGGAGGACGUUGAAAUUAGCGUUAAAGUCAGAUGUACAAGAUUUAUCAGCGAAGCUGAAACUGAUGGAAGCGGGAGCAGAAACGCCGACUGAGCCGGUACCCACCGAACAUCACAUCUACUGCAACAUACACGUAGGCAAAGAUGCUUUAUUAGGUAAGGUCCAACUGCUGGGAAGGGAUUAGGCAACGUGUACACAACUCAUGAGUCAUGAUAAAUAAAUUAUUGAUUUACCAACCACCUUAAACGACGCAAGUACAAAUAAUGAGGAACCUCGCACAUCACCUAGGAAGGAAUUGAAUUAUUUUUGCAAUUAAAAUAUAUAAAUCAAGA